AGUGUUGUACCUCAGCAAACGCAGUCCCAACUCUUUCCCAAAUCCCAAGAAAGAUGGCUCAGAUCAGCUCUUGCAGCGGUUUCCUUCCAUUCUCUAACUGCAUCUUCUACUUCCUCAUCUCUUGUCUCUUUGUAAUCCUCCUGAAUUGCCAAUGUUCCAAUGCUUACAAAAACUACACAGUUGGAGACUCCUUGGGCUGGUAUGACAACCUCAUGGAGCCCAAGGUUAACUACCAGAAAUGGGCUGCUGGCAAGAACUUCAGCCUUGGAGAUUUCCUCAUUUUCAACACAGACAAGAACCACUCAGUGGUCCAGACCUACAAUGCAACCACGUACAAGCAUUGCAACUACAACGAUGCCGAGGACGAUGACACGAUGGAAUGGUCUGCCGGAGAGCCGGAGUUCAGCAAGGAGGCGGCGACCGUCGCCGUGCCACUGCUCAAAGAAGGAUUGACCUACUUCUUCUCAGGCAAUUACGAUGGCGAGCAAUGUCAGCAAGGACAGCACUUCAAAAUCAACGUCAGCCAUGGACAGGGAUUGCCUCCUAGCCUCAAGAGCCCGUCGGCGGCACCGGCGCCGAACAGCCCGGAUGAUGAGAGCUUGGUGCCUGACACUGUGGUUCCCUCCAACUUCAAUAAUCCAGCAGACACCAGCCCUGUUAAUGCAACAUCAGGGGCUGGUGAGGCUCUGCCCAGAUUAGUGGGGAAGGAGGGUGGGAAGUUGCUUUUGGGGUUGGGGCUUGUGGGGGCUCUUCUGAUUUAUUGAUGAAACUGAGAUUAGCUGUGUUUCUCUAAGUAUAGCUUAUUUUUUAUUGAAUUUAUUCCUAAUAGUUAGUUUGGGGUAUGGUAUGGUGCUGAAUUUAUGUUUGGUUGAUUGGAUGUCUUUCAUUUGUAUAUGAAAAUAAGAAUGCAGUUGCAUAAUCUUAUUUUAGUGUUUGAUUAA